AUGGCGGAGAGUGCAGUAAAGUUUCUACUUGACAAGCUUGCACCUCUUUUCGAAAAUGAGUUGCAACUUUUGAGGGGGGUUAGGGAAGAAAUUUUGCAUCUAAGAGGAGAACUGGAGCGCAUGACGGCUUUCCUGAGGGUUGCUGAUGCAUAUGAAGAGAGUGAUGCGGAGCUCAAAGUAUGGGUUAAACAACUAAGAGACAUUGCUCACGAAAGUGAAGAUGUUCUUGAUGAAUUUACCCUUCUGCAAGCACAUGAUCAUGGGGAGGGAUUAUAUGGUUCAAUCCAUAAGCUUUCUUGCUGCAUCAAGAAUACAAAAGCUCGAUAUCGAAUUGCUUCGGAGUUACGAGCCAUAAACUCCAGGAUCAAAAAAAUCUCUGAGGUUCAUAAGCGACUCCGCCACAAAUUCAAUAUGGCUGAACAAGGCUCAAGCUCCAAAAGUGCAGGUUACCUGUUGGAGGACCAUCGAGGUGAUGCUUUACUUCUAGAGAAAACUGAUAUAGUGGGCAUAGACGAGCCUAUUAAGCAGAUGGUUGGGAGGCUGUUCAAUGGUGGUUGUGGACGUGAGGUAGUUUCUGCGGCAGGAAUGGGAGGAAUGGGGAAAACUACCCUGGCGAAGCAAGUCUAUGAUGCAGCAGAAGUGAAGAAACAUUUCAAAUUACGUGCUUGGAUCACUUUUACUCAGUCUUUCAGGCUAGCGGAACUUCUCAAAGACAUCGUUCAACAGCUCCACCAAGCAAUCCGAAGUCCAGUUCCACAAGAAAUCAAUAGCAUGAAUACCAACCAGCUGAAAACAAUAAUUAAAGACUUCCUACAGAAGAGGAGGUAUCUCAUUGUCUUGGAUGAUGUGUGGCACUUAUAUGGAUGGGAUGCCUUGAAGUAUGCACUGCCUAAUUAUAUUUACGGCAGCAGAGUGAUACUAACUACUCGAAAUGCAUAUAUAGCCUCCACAACAAGCACGGAAUCUGGAGGUGAAGUCUAUACUUUGAAGCCCUUACCCUUAGUGGAGUCAUGGGAACUCCUGUGCAAGAAGACAUUCCAAGGGAAUUCCUGCCCUCCUCAUUUAGAGAAAAUCUGUAACUAUGUUCUGAGAAAGUGUGAGGGGCUACCCCUUGCUAUUGUGGCAAUUAGUGGAGUUCUGGCUGCUAAGGAUAAGCGCAGAAUUGAUGAGUGGGAAAUGGUUGGCCACAGUCUCGGGGCUGAAAUUGAGGGUAAUGACAAACUGCAGGACUUGAAGAAAGUACUUUCACUCAGUUUCAAUGAUUUACCAUACAAUCUAAAAUCGUGCUUCUUGUACCUGAGCAUCUUUCCAGAGGACCAUCUAAUUAAGCAUAUGAGGCUUAUUCGAUUAUGGAUGGCAGAGGGCUUCAUUGAAGAAAAACAAGGAAAGACAUUGGAAGAGGUUGCAGAGGAUUACCUCAAUGAACUAUUGAAUAGGAGCAUGAUUCAAGCAGCAGAGACAACAGCUGAUGGAAGGGUCACAAAAUUUCGUAUCCAUGAUCUCUUCCGCGAAAUUAUCACCUCCAAGACAAGAAGUCAGAACUUUGCCACAAUAGCCAAAGAGCAGAAUUUGCUGAGAAGCCAUCACUACAAAGACUAUUCCCAGCCGGCUUUGCGCUGCUUAAUGUGUUAG